AUGGUCGCAAUCAAAAACCUUUUCCUGCUGGCUGCCACAGCCGUGUCUGUUCUAGCUGCUCCCUCGCCCCUUGACGCUCGUGCGACCUGGACCUGCAUCAACCAACAGCUGAAUCCCAAGACAAACAAAUGGGAAGACAAACGGCUUCUCUACAAUGAAGCCAAAGCCGAGAGCAACUCUCACCACGCGCCUCUCUCCGACGGCAAGACUGGUAGCAGCUACCCGCACUGGUUCACCAACGGCUACGACGGGGAUGGGAAGCUCAUCAAGGGUCGCACGCCCAUUAAGUUCGGUAAAGCCGACUGUGACCGUCCCCCGAAGCACAGCCAGAACGGCAUGGGCAAGGAUGACCACUACCUCCUGGAGUUCCCGACUUUCCCUGAUGGCCACGACUAUAAGUUUGACUCGAAGAAACCCAAGGAAGACCCGGGUCCGGCGAGGGUCAUCUAUACAUAUCCCAACAAGGUGUUUUGCGGCAUUGUGGCCCAUCAGCGGGGUAAUCAGGGAGACUUGAGACUGUGUUCUCAUUAG